AUGGGGGACGAAGUGGAUUUUGACAUCAAUGAUGCGCUCAAGUACUAUCUCAGUGACCCCGCUUCAGUAGCAACCCCCGAGGCCGAUGGAGCGCUAUUGGACUGUGAGAACGAUCCAGAGUCGCUCACCAACUCUUUAGUAAAUGGAGUGCUUAAUCCGAUCGUGGACUCAAUCGCAGAGAAUCCGGACGCCCUGACCAGAAUCUCCACAUUCGAUUCCUUACAAUUUUUACUCAAAUCAGCUUCCCUGCUGCCCACUCACUCCCUGAGCAAAAUCUUCGAUCUCAUAAUUUCGGGCCUUUCAUCAGAGGCCGACGCCGUACACAUUGAGCUCGAGACCGAGGAGCAAGAUGCCUUUCGACAUCAGAAACGGUUGUUAGAAAUGUAUGCAUUUCUGUUGCAGUGGUCAGUAUCCGUUGUGGAAGUGAAGGCCGCAGAAAAAUCAAGCGGUCCGCCUGCAAAGGGUCGAGGAGCUGGGAAGGGUGCAAAGUCAAAAGGGACAACAAAAGAUGGCACUUGGGAUUCCUCAGCACAGUUACAGGUUGCUUUGGAUACGAUGUGCAAGGUCUUGAAGCUGAAGCUCGGGAAAGUAUUUGUGACGACCUCUGAACGAGACACUUUCGUUGGCCUUUUCACAAGACCCGUCUACUUAAUCCUUGAGAGCGAGCAACGGAUUAAGAACAGUGCUUUGCGAAUGCAUGCCUUCAAAGUGCUCUGCAUUGCAGUUAAGCAUCAUGGACAUGCUUUUGGAGCGCAAACUUCAAUUAUCCAAAACCUUUCCUACUUCGAGCAUCUUGCCGAACCAAUGGCGGAAUUUCUUCACAUACUCUCAGAGCAAUACGAUUACCCACAAUUGACAGACGAGGUCCUAAGGGACCUGAGCAAUAAAGAGUUCAACAACAAUGACACAAGAGGCCCCAAAUCUGUCUCGACGUUUAUAACCAAGCUCUCGGAACUCGCUCCUCGCCUUGUCAUUAAGCAAAUGACAUUGCUUGUCAAGCAACUGGACAGCGAGGCUUACACGCUUCGGUGCGCUGUUAUCGAGGUAUGCGGAAAUCUAAUAGCGGACCUCAGCAAGCAAGAAGAGCGAAACGAGAACUCUAAAACACAAAUCAGUGGCUUCUUUGACAUUCUAGAAGAGCGAUUCCUGGACACGAAUCCCUAUUGCCGUUGCAGAGAUAUUCAAGUCUACAUGAAGCUGUGUGACUUGGAGCAGAAAUUUCCCAAACGCCGUCAAGCAGCGGCAGAGCUUGCCGCUCGAAGUCUUGAAGAUAAGAGUAGCAACGUUCGAAGAAAUGCCAUCAAAUUGCUUGGCAAGCUUGUGUCGACUCACCCAUUUAGCGUCAUGCAUGGUGGACAGCUAUCAUACAAAGAAUGGGAUGACCGACUGCAAGCCGUGGAGCAUCAGCUCGACGCAUUAAAACCUCCGGCUGAUUCGCCUGGUCUCGGCGAGAAAAAUCUCCAGGCAGAAGCAACCGUUGACAGUGCUCUGUUGGACGAUGCGACAACAAUGGAGAGCCCUACAAAGGAGGCCGCCCCGAUGAGCGAUAAACAGCAGGUGGCAGCACUAAAAAGAGCUCAAGAGGAUGCAGCAACAUCUGAACUUAUGACAAAGCUUCAGUUGACGCGGAAAUAUUACAUUGAAGCCAUCCGCUUCAUCGAAGUAUUGCAUGCUGGUACUCCCGUGGUCUGCCAACUUCUAUCUUCAAAGAACAAAAGCGAAGUAAUAGAAGCAAUGGAUUUCUUCGUUGUCGUGGACGCCUACAAAAUUGAAGCGGCGAGGACAGGCAUACGCAGAAUGCUGCGCUUAAUAUGGACAAAAGGCAACAGUGACGAGGGAAAGGGGGUCCAGACACAUCUCAUCGACUGCUACCGAGGUCUCUUCUUCAGCGCUCCAGGUUCGUUCAGUGAGAACGACGCGGCGAACUAUGUUGCGCGAAACAUGAUCAGCUUGACGUUCGGUGCUACUCCAGCAGAGCUGACGUCUCUGGAACAGCUUCUGAACACGAUGGUCAAGGCCGACCACGUUUCGGAUUUGGUAGUGGCCAAGCUGUGGCAGGUGUACGGAAUCCAAAAGCAAGAAAUCUCUAAAAAUCAAAGGCGUGGAGCGAUCAUAGUACUAGGAAUGCUAGCUACUGCAGACCCCGAUAUUGUCGUCAAAGAGAUGGGAGCCAUGCUUCGUAUUGGUCUGGGACCUUUGGGACGAGCCGACCUGGCGCUUGCAAAGUAUACCUGUCUCGCUCUUCGACGUAUGAAUCCGACAAAACGUCAAGGCAAGGAAGAUUCAACCGCAGCAUCAAAGCUUCCCAAUGAUCAUGCCAUUCUUACUAAAUUAGCCGCUAUGACCGAAAUCGUCUCUGAUAGCAAAGAAUGGUUCGGUGUUGCCGAGCAAGCCAUCGGCGCCAUAUACAUGCUGUCAAAGCAUCCCGAUACACUCUGCUCGGAUAUACUUCGUAGAAAGACAAGACACAUAUUCGAGCCUCGAAAUGUAGUACAGCCAGCUUCAGAGCCGAUGGAGGGAAUUGAGGGUCAAAGCGGGCUGCCCUCUCCGCCGCCCGAAGAGCCUGAAAGGAAGCAGAAAGCAUCUCUAGCUUUAUCUCAACUGCUCUUUAUCGUUGGUCAUAUCGCGAUCAAGCAAAUCGUCCACCUGGAGCUUUGCGAGUUGGACUUCAAGCGGAGAAAGGCGGAGAAAGAAAAGUCGAAAACAGCCAAUGCUUCUCCGGUCAAGUCGGCAGGAGUCGAUCAAGAUGAGCUGGACCUGAUUGGCGGUACUACCGAAGAUGAUUUCACAGAAGCCAUGACGCACAUCCGUGAGCGAGAGCUUUUGUACGGAGAAAACUCGCUUUUAUCGAACUUUGGGGCCAUGGUAACAGAGAUCUGUUCGAACAACACGGCCUACCAGGAUGAGGAUCUCCAAGCUGCCGCAACUCUCUGUAUGGCUAAGCUGAUGUGUGUCUCGUCCGAAUAUUGCGAAAAGAACUUACCUUUACUCAUCACCAUACUCGAAAAAUCGCAGAAUCCCGUCACUAGAAGUAACGUUGUCAUCGCGUUGGGAGACAUGGCAGUCUGUUUCAAUCAUCUCAUUGACGAGAACACGGACUUCCUCUACAGGCGACUUAAUGACAGCGAUGCUUCGGUCAAGCGAACUUGUCUAAUGACCUUGACCUUCCUCAUCCUAGCAGGUCAAGUCAAGGUCAAGGGUCAGCUGGGCGAGAUGGCGAAGUGCCUAGAAGAUUCGGACAAGCGCAUCGCGGAUCUUUCACGGAUGUUCUUCACCGAGCUCGCGACAAAAGAUAACGCGGUGUACAAUCACUUCAUAGACAUGUUCUCAUUGCUGAGUGCAGAGAGGGAUCUAGAGGAGGAUGCUCUGAAGAGGAUUAUUAAAUUCCUAUCCUCAUUUAUCGAGAAGGACAAGCAUGCGAAACAAUUAGCCGACAAACUGGCAGCGAGAUUGGCCCGCUGCGAGAGUGAGCGACAAUGGAACGAUGUCGCGUAUGCUUUGUCACUACUUCAGCACAAGAACGAGGAGAUCCAGAAAACGGUCAGCGGCGGCUUUCAAUUCGUUCAAGCUGCUGCUUGA